AUCAUUGAUAAUAACCUACUUGUGUUCUGUGGCAUGCCAAUACAUAUUUAAUUUGUUUGAGUUGUCCGCAUGGAAGUAUACAAAUAACUCGACCUCCGCGGAGGAGCCGCGGGAUGCUACUAGAAUAAAGUUACCUCUGCGCUCCCGCCGCCCUUUAAUUGAUUGCCAAGAACGAGAGCUCUUUUCUCCACAUCCACUUAAACAGCGACUCCUUUGCGAUUCGGAUCAACAACUUAAACCACAGCGUAUCAUAAUAUUACUGUGUAUAAUGCCCGUGACGAAACAAUUCCCUACAGAUUUAGUCCACACUCUCAAGACACAUAAUGGGCCCGUGAACGCUGUCACAUUCUCCAGCUAUCCUGGAACGUACGUUUUGACCGGUUCCUCCGAUCGCGCGGUUCAUCUCUCCCGCGCGAUACCCAACAAACCUGGUACGGAAACGACAUCCCCGAUCCAAAAGUACGAAGCGCACGGCUAUUCGGUGCUGGAUGUUGCCGUCGCGGGUGACAAUUCCCGCUUUGCCAGCGUUGGCGGAGACCGACAGGUUUUCCUCUGGGAUGUUGAACAGGGCAUAACUGUAAAGCGAUGGAGUGGACAUGCAGCCCGUGUUGAAGCGGUGCAGUUUGCAGGCGAAGGCGACUCGGUGGUCGUUUCUGGUAGCGCCGACACUACGAUUAAUCUCUGGGACACACGAUCCAACUCAACGAAGCCAAUCCAAACCCUCACCGAAGCCAGCGACACGGUCUCAUCCAUCCAUGUUCACACCCCUACGUAUUCCAUCGCAAGUGGAAGUUACGACGGCCGUGCCCGUAUCUACGAUGUUCGCAUGGGUCGUACAACGGUCGAUGUUCUCGCACACCCAGUAACGAGCGUGCGCUGUUCGACGGACGGGAAUGCCCUCCUGGCUUCAACAUUAGACAGUCGCAUUCGAAUGCUUGACCGCACCGAUGGCAAACUCCUCCAGGCGUUUGGAAGCGGAGAUAAAAACUCCGGGAAGACCGGAUAUCGGAACAGCGAGCUGCGAAUCAGGUCUGCGUUUGCCAAAGGGGAUGCGAUGGUGCUCAGUGGAAGCGAAACGGAUAAGGAAGACCGGUCGGCCCAAGCAUACGUAUAUGCUUGGGAUGUUGUGAGCGGGGAGCUCAUCGCUAGUGUUCCAGCUGGCGAGGGCGUCAAGGUUGUCAGUUGCGUGGCGUGGAAUGAGAAGGGGGGAUGUUGGGCCGGCGGUUGCUCUGACGGUGCGUAUUUUCUCUUAUUGCACUCUCUGUUCCUCAUUUCAAUCCAUUACACCGCGAGGGCUGAAAAAUAUCUCUCAAUCUACCUGGCCCCACAUAUUGAGUCUUGGAAUGUGCCAGCUAACAUGACGUCUUGAAC